AUGGCGACUGUAGAGGUGUGCUGGCCUGAGGUGUGGCGCCUGCAAGGAAGUUUGCUUGCCGAUGAGCGAAGCCAUCUGCUGGCUGAAGUCGAAGUCGUCGCUUUGCUGCUUCUGCACAUGCGUGAAGAUGCUUUAAUCAGACAGUUGGAAGUUGACCCCAAGCUGCGGAAGUGGCUAAAAGAACUGCUGUUGCAGUUGCCUUCAGCGUAUGACUGCUACUCUGCCGAGGCAUACCCUCUGACUCAAACAACGCAGAAGCUCUUGCUGCGGGUUUUCUUGCGGCUGGCGAAGUUGCAGUUGGUAAACCUGAAGGUGCAGCAGCUACUUUCUCUGCCAUCUACAGCUUGUUUGGAUAUCUGCUUAUGCUGGGAGGCGGCAGACCCGAAUCUGUGCCGCGAAGUCGCCUUCACCUUACUGACGUCGCUGAAGCCCACGAAGCGACAGAGGCUGAUAGUCGAGUUGAGAGAGUCUGUGCUUCGUGCACUUGACGUUGCAGCGAAGAGAUUUGACACGAUCAGCAUGCGGCCAGACUGCCCCGUGUUGUGCCCACAAUUGUCAGCUGCACAGGCGGACCAUACUUCUUCGUCUUGGCAAGCGGCUGCUGCAGGUGCUCUGCAGCAUUUGAUAGAAGUCCUAUCGGCUUUGCGAGUAGCUACGUGCUGUUUACCAGUGUCCUUUGCACUGGAGCUAUGGGAAAGAAGACAAGAUAAGGACUCGUCACAUCCCACUAUUGAAGCCAUGCUCAACUCGCUCAGGAAGCCGGAAGCCCCUAAAAUUGUCGAGGCUCCUUUCGCAGCCCUCCUUAGAGGGGUCUAUGCAAAACUGACACGCCCACCGUGGACCGAAAGGUCCACAUCAAUCAUGCCACCAAGCCUUCAUCAGGCGGCUAUCAGGGCUCGGUUACUGAUAUGCAACUGUCUAGUUGGGGACGCAACUGCCCAAAGCCGCGCAAUUCGGGAGGAGCUCAGUACCGGAGACACCAGAAGACGUAGUCGGUGGCUAGAGCAGCAAUCAAAAGCUCGUUUUGACUUGUGCCACAGGAGUGCGGAUGAAAUAGACUACGUCGACUCUAUUUUGUCCUCUCCCAAGCAUAGUGGCGAUGCAGUGGUGCCCACAUGCGCAUCGCUUGCUGUUCCUUCUGAAAAAAAAGAGACGGUUUGGGUUCUGAACCCAACAGAUGCAGCAACUGUAAAGCAGCUACAGGAGAUGCUUCCCGAUCACGGCCCAGGAUUUUUGUACUUGGCUCUGCGAGAGCUACGAGGAAACGCAGACGAAGUUGUUUCUUUUGUGGUUGAAAAGAUGAAGCCUGCUGCCUUGCGCUCUGUUCCGCUGAAGGCGACUCUCCAAGAUGCGGCGGAGUACAUAGAACAGGAAGAGAAGGGUGCAGCUGCACUAUCAAACAAGAUCCUUCACAGCGGAGAUAUUGAGCGGCAGGUCCUUGCUCUCGCGGAAAGGGCUGCUGAAGAAGUUCUGCAGGGUAGUGAAGACUCGGGUGGUUCACUCUACGACGAUGAUGCUAACGAUGAUCUCCUCGCGGAUGGCGUGACCACGCCGUGGAACCAUGUAGAGUCCGAGGAAGAGGAGUCCUCCUCAUCUCGGGAAUCCACGCAGGAGGAUGCAACCUCUGAGCAGGCAUCCCGAGGAGGACGCAUGCCAGUCAGGGGAGGGACGUUGUUGGCUCGACGCAAGGAGACGAAUAAAGCUGCUGUAGGAAACCACUCGCGACGCAACCAGUAA